UUGGGUUCUUAAUUAACUCCGUGGUUUGUGUGCAUGCUUCACUGGUGUUUUGUAUCAUACAAGUCUUUUACAAUGUUUGUAGAACAUCUAAAAAUGUAUGCCUUUUGAAGAAACAGUUGGUGAAAGGGUAUUGGACAUGGAAGAUCUUAGUCAGCAUGAAACUACUGAUGAAGAGGACAAUUGCUUAGAAUUGCGUAACCUGUCUCCAUCUCUGGAUAACAUAGAAGUGAUUCUCACUAACAAAUAUCCACAAUUGCAAGGAUUUGGACUGGAUAUAAAAGGUGGGAAAGAUCGACCUUACAUUUCUGAUGAUCCUGGAAUAUUUGUCAGUGCCGUGAAACCUGCUGGUUUGGCUGAAAGAUCUGGAAAAAUUAAUGUUGGAGACAAAAUUGUUGAAGUAAAUGGUAAACCUGUGGUUAGUGUGACUCAUGCAGAAGCUGUAGAAUUGUUUUUAUUGGAUCGAAGUAAGGUGACACUCUUUUUGCAGAAGAAUGCAGCUCAACUGAUAAGAGCUGCCUCCCUUACACCGACCCCAACAUCUGCUACUGGUUCCAUAACUCCAGAUAGUGAUCGCAGUAUAAGUCCAAGAAGAAAUGGACGAGCUCCAGAAUACGAAACGAACUUAUCUAUAUCGGGCUUUGUGAUUGGAUUAGCUUUAGGUUGUGUAACCGUAGUUCUAUUACGACGAUAUUUAAAUGCCACGCCUACUAAAACUUGAUGCAUGCAUGAGCUGCAAGUUGUCUAAUUUGUUAGAUGGUAAAAACCUUUUUAUACAUUUAUCCCAACGGAAAUUUUAAAGAAUUUAUAUGUUUAUUUGUUUACCCUUUUUAUUAUUGGUAUUUUGUGUACAUAAUUAACGCUUAAGAUGCUUAUUUAAGCGAGGAAUAGCGCUUAAUCGAUAAUUUAUGGUAUUUAAUCCGCCUUAUCAUUUUUUUAGAAGGUUGUACAUGUUUUGUGGUUUCUUUUGAUAAUUUCUAAGUAAUGUGUUUCAUAGUGAGGUCUUUUGACCAACAGAUUUAUAUAAAGGUGCAAGAUGUUUAUAGUUGUACAGUAUAUUUCGAAUGAAAGAUUUUCUAAAAUAUUCAGAUUCUUUUAA